AUGGUUAGUACACAUUGGGUUAUUCAUCGGCAAACUUUGGCUUCCAAAACAUUGCCACAGAUAUUACGCCUGACUUUGGACUCAGCUAUAAGGAUUGUAAACUACAUCAAGAGCAGCGCUUUGAACAGUCGGUUAUUUACUUUACUUUGCGAGGAUCUCGAUCCUGAUCACAAAGUUCCUCUGUUCCAUACAGAAGUGCGUUGGCUGUCCAAAAGCAACACGUUGGCUCGCCUUUAUGAAUUGAAAGAAGAGGAUGAAUUUCUAGGAAUGAAGGCCGAUUCUUCCAUGAAAGAUGACUUCCACCUUUUAACAUUGGAACAAUUUUGUUUCAAAAGAUUUCCUGUUAAUUCGGCAACUUACUUAUGUGAGACAGGCUUUUCUGCUCUAGUUUUAAUUAAAACUAUACAGCGAAAUCGUCUUGAUGUCGAUAGCCACUUGAUGAUAGCUCUGGCAAAAACAGAACCUAGAAUCAACCAACUGGUACAGAACAUGCAAUCUGAAGUGUCUCAUUAG